AUGAAGGCAUCUGCAUUACUGAUCUCAUGGCAUGACGACAAUGUCCCCAUUUACUCUGUGCAUUUUGACCCCAAUGGGAAGGGUCGCCUAGCAACUGGUGGAAACGAUAAUAACGUCCGACUCUGGAGAGUUGAAUCUGCUGGGGAAGAACGAAAGGUCUCAUACCUGAGUACACUUAUUAAACAUACCCAAGCUGUCAAUGUCGUUCGGUUUUGUCCAAAAGGUGAGAUGCUGGCAUCUGCCGGAGACGACGGCAAUGUCUUGCUCUGGGUGCCAUCGGAGCUGCAGACACAGCCCGGUCUUGGGGAAGAUCGGUCAGAUGAUAAAGAGACUUGGCGAGUAAAGCAUAUGUGCCGCUCGUCCGGGGCGGAGAUCUACGAUCUAGCUUGGUCGCCCGAUGGUGUCUUUAUUAUGACUGGAAGCAUGGACAAUAUUGCUCGCAUAUAUAAUGCGCAAACCGGGCAAAUGGUCCGGCAAAUUGCAGAGCAUUCGCACUACGUCCAAGGCGUCGCGUGGGAUCCGCUCAAUGAAUUUGUUGCAACCCAGUCAUCCGAUCGAUCGGUUCACAUUUACAGCUUAAAGACAAAGGAUGGCCAGUUUACACUGACUCCCCAUGGCAAGGUUCUCAAGAUGGACCUACCUGCCAAACGCAUCUCAUCCAGCAGUCCUGCUCCAGAACCCAUCAGCCGACCGCAACAUAGUACGAGCAAUCCAAUCGCAAUUGCUUCACCAGCUCCUUCUACCCCAGGAACACCGAUGGCAUCCAACUUGCCUAUGGACCCACCACCAGUUUCUCACAGUCGUCGCUCUUCUUUUGGUUCAUCACCAUCGAUUCGACGCUCGGCAUCUCCCGCUCCGUCUCUGCCAUUGCCUGCUGUGAAGCCUCUGGAAGCAUCUUCCCCAAGCCUUUCUGGGGGCCUUGGAGUGAGGAAUGCUAGCAUUUAUGCGAACGAAACAUUUACCUCGUUUUUCCGACGCUUGACCUUCGCCCCCGACGGCAGCUUAUUGUUCACACCUGCUGGACAAUACAAAACGUCUCAUGUCUCGCCUACCGACCCUUCCAAGACGACGGACGAAGUCAUUAACACGGUUUAUGUCUAUACUCGUGCUGGAUUUAACAAGCCGCCAAUCUCCCAUCUCCCUGGCCACAAGAAGCCGUCUGUUGCCGUCAAAUGCUCGCCAAUCUUCUACACACUAAAGCAAAGCACUCAGUCUGCCAAGCAUCUCACUAUCGAUACUUCAACCGAAGAGUCAAUGUUUCCCCCAUUGCCGGGUCCAGUCGUAUCGGGAAUUACAAACCAGACUUCAAAGGACACAGCGGACAGCUCAACAGCACAAAAAAUUGAGAACAGUAACAACAAUACCGGACAAGGGUCCCCACCGCCCGUCUUUGCGCUUCCUUACCGCAUCGUAUAUGCGGUAGCCACUCAGGACGCCGUUUUGAUUUACGAUACGCAGCAACAAACUCCUCUGUGUGUUGUAAGCAAUCUGCACUUUGCUACUUUUACUGACUUGACUUGGUCCGAUGAUGGCUUGACUUUGCUUAUGAGCUCUUCCGACGGUUUCUGUUCCACUCUUUCGUUUGCGCCUGGGGAACUAGGUCAGCCUUACACGGGAUCGACUUCAGCCCCCCAUCCUAUCAGCUCAAUCGCUCAUUCGACCCAUCUGACACCUUUGCCUACCCCAACCCAUGCUCCAUCACCUAUAAAAUCUGGCCACUCGCAAGCCAGCAGCGGAAAUUCUGCACCUAGCGCCUCUCAGGGACCACCGGCUAGCCCUGCACGGUCCAAUUCGGCUUGUUCGGUCGCAACACAAUCGUCCAACCAGCAACCUGGCGUUGUAGUGAACAAUCCGACCCCAACUAUGGGGGCUGUUCCAUCAGUAACGGCUACGCACUCUGCUCAGCCGUCUUCACUGCCGCUCACCACUCCGCCGCAAACUCCACUGUCAAUGCCCGGCUCCGGCUCACAAGGCGGGACCAAUUCCCUCACAGGCACUGUGCUUGGGAAACGGGAUAUAAAAACCGCAAGCGAGUCUGAGAAGGAAGAGAGCAAGGGCCCAGAGGUCGAGCCGGCCCAACAACCAAAGAAACGCAGAAUUGCCCCGACUCUUAUCUCGGCCAGCAUCGAUCCAGCACCGGCAUCCAAAGAUGCUGAUAACAAAGGGACUGGAGGUUAA